AUGGCAUCAGAGCAGAGUUCUGAUUCAGAUAAUGAAAGUGUGGAGAAGAAUGAUACCUCCAGCAAUACAAUGUCGACUUCCGCUGUCACAAACACGUCACCAUAUUACCUUGGUCCCUCUGAUAAUCCUGGAACGCCGCUCGUAGCUACAACGCUCAAAGGCGAGAAUCACCGCAAUUGGGCGCGCUCCAUAAGGACGGCAUCACGGGCGAAAAGCAAGUUAGGUUUCAUUGAUAGAUCAAUCAAGAAACCUGCAAAAACCAGUCCAGACUUUUACAAUUGGGAGAAGGCUGAUUCAAUGGUCGUGGCAUGGAUCAUUAAUGCUGUAGAUCCAGUUUUGCACGGAAGCAUCUCGCACGCAUCAACUGCGAGAUAUUUGGGAAGAUCUGGAGGAGCGCUUUGCUCAAACAAAUGCUCCUAG